AUGGAGCCCAGUAUGGAGUAUUGCUUAGCGCAGGUGCUUCAGAAAGACGUUGGAAAGAGACUUCAGGUUGGCCAAGAAUUGAUAGAUUAUUUCUCAGAUAAACAGAAGUCUGCUGAUCUUGAACAUGAUCAGACUAUGUUGGAUAAAAUGGUUGAUGGACUUGCCACGUCUUGGGUAAAUUCCAGCAAUUACAAGGUGGUUCUGCUGGGGAUGGACAUCCUGUCUGCACUAGUGUCACGGCUACAGGAUCGCUUUAAAGCUCAGAUAGGCACAGUGUUGCCAAGUUUACUUGACAGGCUGGGAGAUGCUAAAGACUCAGUGCGGGAGCAGGAUCAGGCUCUGCUGCUAAAAAUUAUGGAACAAGCUACUAACCCUCAGUACGUGUGGGAUAGACUGUUGGGAGGAUUCAAACACAAGAAUUUCCGGACGAGAGAAGGGAUUUGCCUCUGCCUUAUUGCAACCCUCAAUGUAUCCGGAGCUCAGAGUUUAACACUGAGUAAGAUUGUGCCACAUAUAUGUAACUUACUUGGAGAUCCAAACAGCCAGGUUCGAGAUGCAGCAAUAAACAGCCUAGUGGAAAUUUACAGACAUGUAGGUGAACGUGUAAGGGCAGAUCUCAGUAAAAAAGGAUUACCACAGUCUCGGUUGAAUGUAAUUUUUACAAAAUUCGAUGAGGUCCAAAAAUCUGGAAACAUGAUCCAGGGUGCAGGUGAUAAAAAUUUUGAUGAUGAAGACUCUGUGGAUGGGAACAGACCUUCCUCAGCCAGUUCAUCUACAUCUUCAAAGGCCCCUCCAAACUCCCGCAGAGUUGGCAUGGGGACGGCUCGCAGACUUGGGUCUGCAGCUCUGGGCUCAAAGUCCACAGCAGCCAAAGAGGGAGCUGGUGCUGUUGAUGAGGAGGAUUUUAUUAAAGCGUUUGAUGACGUCCCAACAGUUCAGAUUUAUUCCAGCCGAGACCUUGAAGAAUCCAUAAACAAAAUUAGGGAAAUCCUAUCGGAUGAUAAGCAUGACUGGGAGCAGAGAGUAUCUGCACUGAAAAGGAUCCGAUCCUUACUAUUAGCUGGAGCUGCUGAGCAUGAUAACUUCUUCCAACACUUACGCCUGCUGGAUGGAGCAUUUAAAUUAUCUGCUAAAGAUCUGCGGUCUCAGGUAGUGCGAGAGGCGUGUAUCACGUUGGGACAUUUGUCUUCAGUUUUGGGAAACAAGUUUGACCAUGGGGCAGAAGCCAUCAUGCCAACCAUCUUUAAUCUGAUUCCUAACAGUGCCAAAGUAAUGUCCACUUCUGGUGUCGUAGCUGUUAGAUUAAUCAUCCGACAUACGCACAUCCCUCGGCUAAUACCCAUCAUAACCAGUAACUGUACCUCCAAGUCUGUUGCAGUUAGAAGGCGCUGCUUUGAGUUUUUAGACUUGCUGUUACAGGAAUGGCAAACACACUCCCUAGAAAGACACAUCUCAGUAUUAGCGGAAACAAUAAAGAAGGGAAUCCACGAUGCAGACUCUGAAGCAAGGAUAGAGGCAAGAAAAUGUUAUUGGGGCUUCCACAAUCACUUCAACAGAGAAGCAGAACACUUGUAUCACACGUUGGAAUCCUCCUAUCAGAAAGCCCUGCAGUCUCACUUGAAGAACUCAGACAGCAUUGUAUCCCUGCCUCAGUCCGAUCGCUCGUCCUCCAGUUCCCAGGAGAGCCUCAACCGUCCAUUGUCUGCCAAAAGAAGUCCUACUGGGAGCACUACAUCCAGAGCCUCUACAGUGAGUACAAAAUCCGUGUCAACCCCAGGAUCUCUGCAGCGGUCUCGCAGUGACAUCGAUGUGAAUGCAGCAGCUAGUGCCAAGUCGAAAGUAACAUCUUCUGGAGCUUCCACCCCCUUCAGUUCCGCAGCAGCCCUGCCCCCAGGCUCGUACGCAUCACUAGGUCGGAUCCGUACGAGGAGGCAAAGCUCUGGAAGUGCCACAAGUGUUACCUCAACGCCUGCCGAUACCCGAGGCCGCAGCCGUGCUAAAGUAGUCUCACAGUCCCAGCGAUCCAGAUCAGCUAAUCCUGCUGGUGCUGGCAGCCGGUCUAGUUCUCCUGGCAAGCUGUUGGGAAGUGCGUACGGCGGACUGACCAGCGGAACAGCUAGAGUCCCACCAGUGCCAUCAUCCUCAGAGAAACGCAGCAAGAUCCCUCGAAGCCAGGGAUGCAGCCGAGAGACAAGCCCCAACAGAAUAGGACUAGCACGGAGCAGCCGUAUCCCCCGACCCAGCAUGAGUCAGGGGUGCAGCCGCGAUACCAGCCGUGAGAGCAGUCGAGAUACAAGCCCUGCUCGGGGCUUCCCUCCACUUGCUUCUCGACGUCAUUCCAGGUCCACUAGUGCUCUCUCCACUGCUGAUUCUGUUGGGCAGUCAGACCGGUUUGGACUUGGCCAGCCAGGCAGGAUGCCUGCUUCUGUGAAUGCCAUGCGAGUCCUGAGCUCAAGCACAGAUCUGGAGGCUGCUGUGGCUGAUGCACUGAAAAAGCCAGUGAGAAGAAGAUAUGAGCCGUAUGGGAUGUAUUCUGAUGAUGAUGCUAAUAGCGACGCAUCGAGUGCUUGCUCCGAGCGCUCAUAUGGUUCUAGGAAUGGAGGCAUUCCACACUACCUACGACAAACUGAAGAUGUGGCUGAGGUCCUAAACCACUGUGCCAGUUCCAACUGGUCGGAGAGAAAAGAAGGGCUCAUAGGCCUUCAGAAUUUAUUGAAGAGCCAGAGGACGCUGAGCCGAGUCGAAUUAAAACGGCUGUGUGAGAUCUUUACGCGCAUGUUUGCUGACCCUCACAGCAAGAGAGUUUUCAGCAUGUUUCUAGAAACCCUGGUAGAUUUCAUCAUCAUCCAUAAGGACGACUUGCAAGAUUGGCUGUUCGUUCUCCUGACACAGUUACUUAAGAAAAUGGGAGCAGACUUGCUAGGAUCUGUGCAGGCAAAAGUUCAGAAAGCUCUGGAUGUAACAAGGGAUUCUUUUCCGUUUGAUCAGCAGUUUAACAUUUUGAUGAGAUUUAUUGUAGAUCAGACCCAAACACCAAACCUCAAGGUAAAAGUUGCAAUCCUGAAGUACAUUGAGUCCCUGGCAAGACAGAUGGACCCAACAGACUUUGUGAACUCCAGUGAGACCAGACUUGCUGUAUCUAGAAUCAUAACUUGGACAACAGAACCAAAGAGCUCAGAUGUAAGAAAGGCAGCACAAAUAGUCCUGAUUUCACUGUUUGAACUGAACACUCCCGAGUUUACCAUGUUACUUGGUGCCUUGCCAAAAACAUUCCAAGACGGUGCUACCAAGCUCCUCCACAACCACCUCAAGAACUCCAGUAACACUAGCGUGGGUUCUCCUAGCAAUACUAUUGGUCGGACUCCUUCACGGCACUCUAGCAGCAGGACCAGCCCCUUAACUUCCCCUACCAACUGUUCCCAUGGCGGACUGUCUCCAAGUCGUUUCUGGGGUUGGAGUGCAGAUGGGCUGUCGAAGCACCCCCCUCCCCUUUCUCAGCCUAACUCCAUCCCCACUGCUCCUUCCCACAAGACUUUCAGACGCUCUUACUCGCCCAGCAUGCUGGAUUAUGACACGGAGAACCUAAAUUCCGAUGAAAUCUACAGCUCUCUUCGUGGAGUCACAGAGGCAAUUGAAAAGUUUAGUUUCCGUAGUCAAGAGGAUCUGAAUGAACCAAUCAAGCGUGAUGGAAAGAAGGACUGUGACGUGUCUCGAGAUGGUGGAAUAGCUGCACCUGCCAGCGAUGUACGUGGAAGCAGUGAUGUCAUGGAAGGAGGAAGGAUGGCUCUAGAUAACAAAACCUCUCUACUUAAUACUCAGCCUCCACGCGCCUUUUCAGGGCCCCGAGCCCGAGAUUACAAUCCCUACCCUUAUUCGGACACAAUCAACACCUACGACAAGACUGCCUUGAAAGAGGCUGUGUUUGAUGAUGAUAUGGAUCAGCUUCGGGAUGUAUCCAUUGAUCAUUCUGAUUUGGUGGCUGAUCUUCUGAAAGAACUGUCCAACCACAAUGAACGGGUGGAAGAACGGAAAGGAGCCCUGCUCGAGCUAUUGAAGAUCACGCGAGAAGAUAACCUGGGAGUUUGGGAGGAACAUUUCAAAACCAUUUUGCUCUUGCUGCUAGAAACACUUGGAGACAAAGAUCAUUCAAUAAGAGCCCUGGCAUUAAGAGUAUUGCGGGAGAUCUUAAGAAACCAGCCAGCAAGAUUUAAAAACUACGCAGAGCUAACCAUCAUGAAAACACUGGAAGCACAUAAGGAUUCCCAUAAAGAGGUUGUCAGAGCUGCCGAGGAAGCUGCUUCCACCCUGGCCAGUUCCAUACACCCUGAACAGUGCAUCAAAGUGCUCUGCCCCAUCAUUCAAACGGCUGACUACCCGAUUAAUCUAGCUGCCAUCAAAAUGCAGACAAAAGUCAUUGAAAGGAUUUCAAAAGAAUCUUUACAUCAGCUCCUUCCUGAUAUCAUCCCUGGAUUGUUACAGGGGUACGAUAAUACAGAGAGCAGCGUUCGCAAAGCCAGCGUGUUUUGCCUAGUGGCAAUUUAUUCAGUAAUUGGAGAAGAACUGAAACCUCACCUCGCACAGCUCACAGGAAGCAAGAUGAAGCUACUAAACUUGUACAUAAAGAGGGCCCAGACCACCAAUAGUAACAGCAGCUCAUCUUCAGAUGUUUCAACGCACAGUUAA